AUGUCACACACGGCGGCGGAGGUGAUAGCUUUCACCGAUCGCCAGCCCCCGGUGUGGCCAAACUGGCCGACGUUGGAGUGCAUGGCUGACCGAGCCCAAGCCGAGGAUAGUGCUCUGUUGGCCGGCACACGAAGACGGCCGAGAAGGGUGGAAGUCUUUACACAAUCGAGAACCGCAGACAAGAGCACGUGGCUUCCCGAGCACGGAUGCUCAUUGGCCGGUGACCAUGGUGUGCAACAAGCCACCAGUGAUCGGCAGAGGGAGGCGGCCACUCCCGCCUUUUCGGUGGACAGGGAGCAUUGUGAAUUUGCUUUCAAAAUAAAUGCAACGGAUACAGAGAAUGAUGUACUGACAUAUUCGCUCUCUGGACAAAAUGCCCAAUACUUCACUGUUGACCCUAUGACUGGAAAUGUGUAUAUUUUGAUUCCACUCGAUAGGGAGGCAAUCGAUAUAAUGUAUCUUGACGUUUCGGUUUCAGACGGUAACACCGCUACUCCGAAACAGCUAAUCAUAAUUGUAAAGGAAGCCAAUGACAAUAGGCCGAUAUUUCAAGGAUCGAAUUUCGACAUCCUAGUGGAUGAGAAUCAUGAAAUAGGUACAAGUCUUUUCCAGGUGAAGGCUACUGAUGAUGACAUUUUACAAGGUGGUCAGAUUCAAUACAGUAUUGGUGAUGCUACUCCAAGUCAUGGAUUAAAUCUGUUUAGUAUUUCAAGCGCAACCGGUCUUGUCACAUUGACUGGGCAGCUAAAUUACACUGGAUUGAGUAACUAUUAUCGGCUGAAGAUUGUUGCAACUGAUGGUGGGGGCAAAUGUUUUUAUAGUGAGCCUAAUUAUCACUCAAGCAUUGUAUACUAUUUUAUUACUGUUGUGGAUGUCCCGGAUCUCGAUCCCAAGUUCUUGGGCCUUCCCUACAUUGCGAAUGUUGAGGAACAUUCAAGGCUGGAACAUCCAGUGUAUACAGUGGAAGCCAUAGAUCAGGACACUGGAAUAAAUGAUGAAAUAAUCUACAGCAUUGAAGAUUCUUCUGAAGAUGGUCUCUUUCUAAUAUCGAGUGAUAGUGGCAUUAUUUUUGUUGCAACGACAAUUGACAGAGAAGAAAUUGGUGAUACUGUUACCUUGACUGUCAAGGCCACUGAGUCCAAGCCAAACAUUCAUGGAGUACGCGCCAGCGCUAUGGCUUCGGUACAGAUCAACAUCAUUGAUAUCAACGACAACAAACCAGAGUUUUACAAGUGUGAAGGCUCAGGACUGCUGCAAACCUGUAAUAAAGAGAACCAGUUUACUGUAAACAUAGCUGAGCACUCACUGGGAACUGUGCCCAUUAACAUGAUGGUCAAGGAUGCAGAUAAGAGGAAAAACAUCGAACUAACCCUGGAAGGAGCUGACAAGGAUGUGUUUUCCGUCGAGCCACAAUUUACCAUUGCUGACAGUGUCGUACAACUUGUGGUUAAAGAGCCACAACAACUGGAUUAUGAAGUAACACAGCAAAUGGUUGUAGAGGUGAUUGCCAGCGAUCCAGAAGAAAUCAGCUUUGUCUCCACUGCAACAGUUACUAUUAUGAUCGAAGAUAUCAAUGACAACAGUCCCAAAUUCCCAAAGGAUACAUAUUCAAACUUGAAAGUGCCUGAACACUCUGACGUUGGCUCUGUCGUGGCUACUAUCACUGCAGAUGACCCUGACACAAUGGACAAAGACAACAUUACCUACCAGCUUCUCCCUGAAAGCAUACGGGCUUAUUUUGAUGUGGAGCCGCAUACGGGUGUAAUAACUGUGCAAAACAAGACGCUGUUGGAUCGCGAAGUCAGAUCUUUGUUCACUGCGACGCUUCAGGCCAAAGAUUCCGAUGGCAAGCCAGACAACGCUUUGCUAGAAAUCGUAGUGACGGACAUCAAUGACCAGCCUCCAGUCAUUAACAAAGAAUUCUAUCAGGCAUUUGUUGAAGAGGGUUCAGAACUUCAACUCCAAAUAGAUGCGACUGAUGCAGAUGAGCCAGAUACAUUAAACAGUCAAAUCGUGUUUGCCAUAGUACCAAGCGAGUAUAGCAAUUAUUUCAUCAUUGACCCCAACACCGGAGUGUUGAGCAAUCAGGUUGAACUGGACCGCGAGGCUUUGAAUGCUGAGCUGAAAGGGAAAAUUGAGAUCAAUGUUACAGCUACAGAUAAGGGUAUGCCUCCCUUGUCCACUAUGGUCAGAGUCAUCAUCAAUGUAGAGGAUGUCAAUGACAACACACCAGCAUUUAAAAGCAACUCGUACAAAUUCAGUGUCCGAGAGGGGGAAACAGGUGCAUUUGUGGGGACCGUCAUGGCUGAAGAUUUGGACCAGACAACAGACUUUAACAAACUAUCUAUCCGAAUCAUCGCUGGAAGUUUCGACAGUUUCGCCAUUCUCACAACUGCAGAAGAUCAAGUUUAUAUGGGAAACAUCACUGUGGACUUGGAUGUUGAUCUGGACUAUGAGAGUCCUCGGAAGAAAUACAUGUUGAAAGUAGAAGCCACUGAUCUUGGACAGAAAAAAGAUGUGGUGACGGUGGAGGUGGACGUUUUAGACGUCAACGAUGAAAGGCCUGAGUUCAUCCCUUCAAAGCCAGUGAAAGUGAAGGAAAACACAACGUUGACUGAGGCUAUUGGGAAAUUUGAGGCAUCGGACAAAGAUGGAAACCAUUCGCUGAUCUAUGAGUUCGAGUCCCUCAAAUGUAGAUGCAAUGGAUCACUUUCACCUUGUGACUGGUUCAUUCUUGAACCGACAGGAGACAUAGUGGUCAACCCAGAACACAAUCUGGAUUAUGAGCUGUGUGACCAGGCGCUGAUGGAGGCUUGGGUGAUAGACGAGUACACCGAAAAAGGAGAGAACAACAGUCUCGUUGCAGGACAAAUGGUAAUCAACAUUGAAGAUAUCAAUGACAAUGCUCCACAAUUCAUCUUCUCAGAUUCUUCUGUCUAUGUUGUGGUAUCAGAGACUGCAAGCAAAGGGACAUCAGUCGCGAGAGUCACUGCAACAGAUCGUGACACAGGAAUUAAUGCCCAGCUUGACUUUAAAGUAAGUGACGUGAAAUUUGAGGACAUCUUCAAUCAAACAAGUGACACGAUAUUGCUGUUCGAGGUUGUAACCACACAGCAAAAGGAUAUUUACGUUGGGAUUAUUCAAAACACUGAAGGGCUUGAUGUCAAACUGAAAGGGAAAUUUUUGGUAACAGUGUCUGCAACCGAUACUGGCGGCCUUUCCACAAACACUACGCUUGAGAUUUUCACAGUUGACGAAUCUUACAGAGUUUUACUUCAAUUCAGCAAACCCCCAGCUGAGGUGGAAAAAAAUAAGCCUGCUCUCAUCAGGGAACUUACAUCUGCUACCAAAGCAGUGGUUCAAAUUGUUUCCAUAAAGGAAGACACUUCUCAAGAAUCCAGAGCUUCAGUUGGUGCAAUGAUGGUGACAUAUUUUCUCUAUUCCAACGGGACGGCGCUUAUGUCAGAACAAGUGAAGGCAAUGCUGUCUGACCCCAAGCAUUUUCAAGUACUGGAACAAUUAGGCCUCUUGUAUGAUGGCUCCGUUAAUGAAGAAACACCAGAGUCUGACACUAUCAAAUUCAUCCUUUAUGGCGUCAUUGCAGGUUCCCUCAUUGUACUUGUUGUCCUUAUUACUUCACUGGUGUGCACCCGCAGAAACUACAGGAGGAAGCUCAAGGCAGCACAUGCUAUGAAUUCUGCAAACAUGCUGGCAUCUGACAACCUUAAAAGUGGCCCUGUGGUGCCAGGGACCAACAAAUACACCAUGGAGGGGGCAAACCCGGUUCUCAAUCUUAACAUUGACUCAGCCAUGGAUUUGGACCUGGACGGAGAAAGUUCAGAUGUUGACAAAGUCAGCCUUGACUCCCUGACCUACAGCAAUGACAAGAACUCCUUUGAGAAGGAUACAAAAGCCGUUAUGAAAAUCCAGGAAGAGGAGGAUGAAAGCCCCCACGAAUACAUCGAACCUUUGGGUGCAGCGUUGGCCGAACGAAGCCCGAAAAAAAGUUUAGACAAUCACAGAGAUGGUGUGACUAACCCUGCAUUCAGCACAACAGACUUGUAA